UUUCUUUUUAUUUGGCCUAAGAUAACAUUGUACUAUAAAAAACAACACACCAUGUUCAAGUUACGGCAAGAGAAAAAAAAAGAAAAAGAAAACACUUUUCUUGUUUUUGCUUCCUUUUUGUGUGUGUAUAUGAUAUAAAUAGAGAUCAAGAGAGUUUAGUUAGAAUAAUUAAUUAAGGAUAUCGGAGAGAAGCAAUAAUAAUUAUUAUGGGAUCAAAUGAUGAUGUGAAAAAAGGGCCGUGGACGGCGGAGGAAGACUCUUUGCUUUACACUUAUGUCACUGUUAACGGCGAAGGUCAUUGGAACUCUGUUGCUCGUUCUACAGGGUUGAAGAGAACUGGGAAAAGCUGUAGAUUAAGAUGGCUGAAUUAUCUCCGCCCUAAUCUUCGCCGGGGAAAUAUUACCCUUCAAGAACAGCUCCUUAUUCUUCAACUUCAUUCUCGUUGGGGCAACCGGUGGUCGAAAAUAGCUGAAUUUCUACCGGGGAGGACCGACAAUGAGAUAAAGAACUAUUGGAGAACAAGAGUUCAAAAACAAGCUAAACAACUCAACUGUGAUGUUAAUAGCCAACGUUUUCGAGAUGCAAUGAGACUUGUUUGGAUCCCUCGCCUAGUGGAGAGGAUAGAGGCGGCCACUUCUGCCCAAUCUCCGCCACCUCCACCUCCACCUCCACCGCCACCGCCAUUGUUGGCACCAUGCAUUGACACGGAUACCUCCACGUCGACGUGGGAGCACAAAAGUAUCGUCGCCCCUGACCACGUGUCUGGGUCAUAUUCAGACACGUCAGAUUUGACGGGAGGGUGGUGGGAAGGAGACGGAGUUGAGUCAUCGUUGGAGUGCUUGUGGACCGAAGAAAACAUUUGUUUCUUACAACACAUUCUUAAUUAAAAGCAAAAGAAAAAUUGAUUCGGCGAUGUAGUAGGGGCCCAAAGGGGUGAAGGGACAAACGAUUCUUUUUUUAGUGACUUCUUUUUUCCUUCUUAAAUUAAUGACAAAGAACCAAAUAUUUUUGUCUA